GUGAGUUUGUACGGUGCGGAGUUCGGCGGGUGCAGAGUUUACGGCUGUGCCGCUGCCCCAUCUUCCGUUGGAUCUGCCUACAACGUCGUUGGAAUCACAUCUCCUGCUGCCUUCUCCUGGGCAGAAGCAGAGGACUCCCAGGGCUGGAACAAAGGUGGCUCCACCUGGCUUAUCAUGUCCCUUUCAGUGGUGAUUCCCCCUGAGCAUCUAGCAGGAAUCUGAACCUUGAACUUUCUGAGGAGAGCAUCAGGGCUUCAGUUCCUACCAGGUCUCUUUGCAAGGAAAUAGAGCAGCAGCUGCCAUCAACUGCAAUUCCAUCACACUUUCAUGAUGUUUCCCUUGGCCAGAAAUGUAUUAAGUAGUCUCAAGAUUCGAAGAAUUCAGCAAAUUAGGUCAAGACAGAGGCACACAGAACACUCACCAGGUUUUCAUGACAAAUAUGGCGAUGCUGUAUUAGCCAGUGGCACCACUUUCUGUGUUGUUGCAUGGGUGUUUAUGGGCACACAGAUUGGAUGGAACCUGUCCCCUGUUGGCAGGGUUACCCCCAGAGAGUGGAAUGAUGAGUAGCCAUCACAGUCACUGUAAUGCUGAAUUGUUUCAAAAUCAACUUACCUGUUAAGCACUCUGCUGCUCAUUUAAAUGAGCAUAAACUAAA